AGCGCGCCAGCCGCCGGAGUGGGGGGCGAUGGCGAAGCUCCGGGUGGCUUACGAGUACACGGAAGCCGAGGACAAGAGCAUCCGGCUCGGCUUGUUUCUCAUCAUCUCCGGCGUCGUGUCGCUCUUCAUCUUCGGCUUCUGCUGGCUCAGUCCCGCGCUGCAGGAUCUGCAAGCCACGGCGGCCAACUGCACGGUGCUGUCUGUGCAGCAGAUCGGGGAGGUGUUCGAGUGCACCUUCACCUGUGGCGCCGACUGCCGGGGCACCUCGCAGUACCCCUGCGUCCAGGUCUACGUGAACAACUCCGAGUCCAACUCCAGGGCGCUGCUGCACAGCGACGAGCACCAGCUCCUGACCAACCCCAAGUGUUCCUAUAUCCCUCCCUGUAAAAGAGAAAAUCAGAAGAACUUGGAAAGUGUCAUGAAUUGGCAGCAAUACUGGAAAGAUGAGAUUGGGUCCCAGCCGUUUACUUGCUAUUUUAAUCAAUAUCAAAGGCCAGACGAUGUGCUCCUGCAUCGCACGCAUGAUGAGAUUGUCCUCCUGCACUGCUUCCUCUGGCCCCUGGUGACCUUUGUGGUGGGUGUUCUCAUUGUGGUCCUGACCAUCUGUGCCAAGAGCCUGGCAGUCAAAGCAGAAGCCAUGAAGAAGCGCAAGUUUUCUUGAAGGAGAGACUUGCGGAAAGCAAAGCACAGAAGCUGGACCGCCCGGCACACAUCUACCUGCAGAGCCGCUUCUAGGCGCAGGAGAGGGAAGGGGCUCUGACAGCUGACUGAGAGGCUUUCUCUCAGUGGCAGCAGAAACAGGCACAGCUGGAAGACUGGGAAUCUCAUAGACUGUGUUCUUUGUGUCCUAGCUGUGGCGAAAGGAUCAAGCUCUUAGCUGAAUGGAGUAACUGUUUCAGAACAUCCUAUAAGAAGUUAAUUUUCUUUGAAAAGUAACAGUAUAUACUUGUACAGUGUAGUAUACAAACAUUAUGACUUAUGCUACUUAAAAUAUUAAAAUAGAGUGGUCUGUGUUCUUUUCUAUUUCUUUUUUUAUGCUUAGAACACCAGGGUUU